AAAUGCUGCAAACAAAAAGAGAGAUGCAAACAAAAAAGAAAACGCCCCCGAAUGAAAUGCAGCAAACAAAAAGUGUUGAAAACGGAAGUGCUACAGACCACUAGGGGGAGUCAAAGAAAAUAGUAUUCAUUCCUAUGGGACCAGAUGCAAGAUUCAGAGAAAUAAAUUUGAAAGAAAGUAAAGAUGUACUGUCCAUUUUGUGGAACUGCCACCAUAAAUUCUGCAGACAUUUGUUGUCAAUGUGGCAGAAACAUAAAAUUUGUCCAAGAUCAUGCAAACAAAGCCCAAGAUGAGAGGAACACUACCACUGCAACUCCCGAUGUUCAACCAAGCACCAGCACAGGUGUGGAGUGUUUCAUGAACUUUAGAGCUAUAAAAGAGAGGGAAAGAAAUACAUUUUUUACCAAGAAGCAUCAGAACAAAACACAGAAGGGAAAUAAACUGAAGAUUAAUGUUGGGCUUAUGAGGAUGCAGGGAGAUUCCCUUAAGACAGUGAGAGGGAAGUUACUUCCAGUUGAGAUUCACCCUGAGUGGGCAUCGGAACAAGUGCUUGCUGCUGCUGUAAAGAAGCAAAAGGAUUUCAAUAUAGACCUGAGAGAUUGUGCCCCUGUCUUGUUGUAUCCUGAUGCAAGGGAGGUUAAGAACAUCCCAGGAACAGACAUUCCUUUCACAGUGCAAAAGCCUUCUGGACACACAGAACAUGGGUCUGAUCAGGAUGGAGGAAACACCAACGUCCAGGAGCAUCCCAUGUCCUCAGAGGGCCAGAACCCCUUCUAUCGCAACUACACAAAUGUGUACGCACCAAUAAUUGUUGACAGCGACUCUGAGCCGGAUGAAUAUGUGAUGCAGUUCCCUGAGCAAAGUGCAGGUACAUUGACUGAACUACACCAGUCAGUUGAAAGACAUGCAAGCAUCUUGCAAACUGCUGGUUGCUUGCAGUUCCCUGUGACUGUUGAUGACAAAUUGAAACUUGUAAAGGAGUUUGUUGAUUGGUACAUCAUUUACCGCAACCAUUUCUCUAUUCAAAGAUACAAGGAUGGACUUUCAACACUGAACUUCCUGAAUGCUUUGGAGCAGCAUGCUUCCGUCUUCAGGCCAUUUAUGUGUGCAAGAGUGGAACAGCUGACAUCCAAAAUAUUGGAGGAAAUAUUUGAGGUUCAGCUCAGUGAAAAGGGUAGCAGCAGACGACAUGAGGAAACAAGAGUGCUAGGAUUCUGGAGAUUCUUUAUCCUUGACACAGAAGAACAAAAAACGGGUCUCUCUCUCCAGGACAUCCUGAUGUUUGCCACCGGCUUGAACACACUACCUCCAUCUUCAAUUCUGCCACCACCAAAACUGAUCUUUCAGGCCACUUCUCGUUUUCCUGUCAGUAGCAUCUGCUCCAACACUAUCAAAAUACCAAUGUCCAAGACGUAUCAGUUUAAAGAAGACAUGGACUUUGGGAUUCAAAACUCCCCUGGGUUUGGGCUUUAUUAA